UAUCAAACGCAAAAGCUUGCAGAGAACGAGAGUAGCGGCGCAUGGAUAGGACAUGCUCUCUUACCUUGCGUUACCAAGGUGUUAUCUUUUGAUACGUCCAUGCGCCGGCCUUGUCACUUUCUCAUCCCGACGGGUGGCGGCGAAGGCGUCGCUUUCGCCUUCCCUAAACGCGCUUAGACUUAGCGAGCUCAGGCUUGGCCCAACGCCUUCGCUCCGCCCAGCCGCGCCAUCGCAUGUAACGAUUCUCUCCUCCUUCCACUCAGCUCCUAUAAGAAACUUGACGAUGGAGAGCACGCCUUCCACAGUGACCAGCAACCACACUCGUUUCUUUCGGUGUAUCAACUUUCUUCUAGCUCGACAUGGGCAGACUUCCACCCGUAUGGUCUUGCUUCACCCCAAGCCAGAAGCAUAACAUCAUCCUCUAUGUCUGGGGCAUUAUGAUGUACAAGUUCGGUCUCGAAUACUUCAACGGCGCCUUCAUGACCAUGGCGAACGAGCGCUUCGAACAAGCAGAUCGGUACCAGAAAAUGGCUAUCCUCACUGGCGUCAACUACGCAGCCCAAGGACUGGGCAGCAUUAUCAUCGCACCUCUUGUCAAGCGCUACCCGACACGUACCGUCUUAAGCGUUGGCGUGAUGGUUUUUGGAUUCGUCAGCGCGGCUAUCCUCGUUGUCGACGCGGUUACGGGAGGUGCGAUCAAGUUCAACACACCCAACAAUCAGACGAAGUAUGGCCGGUGGAAUCCCAACCUCCUCUUCCCCAUCUUCACAGCGGCGGGCGUCAGCUACGGAAUGAUCGAACUCAUCCGAAAAAUCAUCCCCAGGGACAUUGUUGGGGGAGACGUGGACCUACUCAAGAGGAUGGACGCCAUGGUCCAUGUUCUUUACGAGGUCGCUGGAACAUUUGCUGCGUUGACAUCGUCUGGCCUCAUCGACAAGCUCGGCUACAACUACUCUUCCAUUCUCUCACCUAUACUUUUCAGCGCCGCAGCCACCAUCUGGUUCUUUAUUGAUCCCGAGCGUAUCGCUAUCGAUGAGGAAGAGUGCCCGUCGACAUCCUCGACAGACGAAUUUAAGAAAGAUUCAAACUUGAUUGACAACGCUCGCAAGCACGCCUCUACUUCCACUGCAGAGCACCCACACUACCACACUUCGAUACUUGAAAGCUGGUUCGAGGCCUUAAGAAGCUUCGCGAAAGCUUGCUACUACGGCGCCUGGCUUUGCUGCACGCACCGAAAGUUCGUCUGGCUCGUGCCUAGCUAUGCACUCGGGCUGUACGCGCAUCGCUACCUCGAAAACGGCCUCAUUCCCAUGUUCAGCAAGCUGGUUCUUGGCGAGUCAUCCUACGCUCAGAUCAUUGUCGGCGGAUCCAACGCUGGCGAGCUUCUUGGCGCAUUGAGUGUUAUGCUUGCCUUGCACAUAUUCCCCACGCCUAUCCCUUGGCUGCGGCUGGACGCUCUCCUGCUCAAUCUCGUCUGGGUCCUGCCGAUCUUCCCGGUUGUUCGUAAACAAGUUUCCUCGGCGUGGAAAUUGGCGCCUUGCAUGAUACCUAUAUCUUACGGUUGGGCUGGUGGGGACUGUUCCCUCUCUGCCCACAUUCAGGCCAUCCUUGCACGCAUCGAAGCAAAGGACGAGGAUGUGAGCUCGCUCGGUGCCGUCAUGGCUUUCCUCUACAUCGUGUACCUCGUCGCGUACAGCAUCAUUUCUACACUCAUGGGUCGUUACGUCGAUGCGAGGCUCAACGCCCUCGGCCCCUCUGCGUCACCACAAGCCGAGUCAGCGGAGGCGCGAUCUGCGCUGAAGCUGGUAGCAGGUUUGCAAUUUACGCUCAUCAGCGUAGUGAUCUUGGCCUCGACAUUCAUUCCGAAGGGCUCAAAGAGCUGGAACCCAAUGAAGCUCGAUGGCCAGAGCUUUGGCAAGGGUCAUGAGCACGACGAUGAUGAAAAACCAACCACAGAGAAGGACAGCGAUAAGGGUCAACUUCAGCUGGCCGUACCAAUCUAAUCUUUGAUCCUUCACAGCUUUCUUAUCGUGUCCUGAGCCUGG